GGGGGACCUGCGUAUGUAAAUUUCAUAGUUGUCAGUUCUCCUUCCCCUCUCCCCCAUUGCGAUCGACAUCCGGGCUCUUUGGGCUGGGGGCGGCUGAGGGGAGGUGAGAGGCCCUGGAUCGGCUCCCCAGCGGGUCAGUACGGAGUGGGGGCGGUGCAGUCCGAGCGCCCGGUGGGGGCGGGGUGUAUAUGGCGGCGGCUCUGUCCGCCCUGGCUGCUAGGCUCUCGCAAUCGGCCGCCGCCAGGUCCUACGGGGUCUUCUGCAAGGGGCUGACCAGGACCCUCCUCAUCUUCUUCGACCUGGCCUGGAAGCUCCGGAUCAACUUCCCCUAUCUCUACAUCGUGGCCUCCAUGAUGCUCAACGUCAGGCUGCAGGUUCAUAUUGAGAUCCAUUGACUUGUGACUUGCUGUGCUUGUCUGUGCUGCAACUAGGGUUAAUAAUAUUCUG